AUGACGCACAGGUGCAACGACCAGGUGGAGUGCGCCAAUGGCUUGAUCCUUCAGGGGCUCAAGGCCAGAAUUUUUGACCUGAUCGAAAAAUACGGCUCCAAGUGGAUCCAAGAACUACCUAGAGUAGUAUGGGGGCUGCGCACGCAGAGAAGUCGGGCCACCGGCUACUCCCCCUUCUUCAUGGUCUACGGUUCUGUGGCUAUCCUCCCGACGGAUAUCGCCUUUGGUGCCCUGUACACCCAGAACUAUGACGAAGGCGAAGCCGAAACAACUCAGCGAACAGACCUCAACUCGGCCGAGGAGCACCGUCUAAUGGCAGCCCUCCAGCACGCCCGGUACGAGUAG